CACGAAGCGAACAAGGCGCGCUCUGCCGCCAACCUUGACGAGGCGCGCAGGCGGGCGACCCGCAAGACAAGCUAUGAUUCUGACGCGACGCGAGCCCGCCUCAGGGAGCUCUUCAUCGAGACUUGGCACUACGAGCCGCAUGGCUGGCAGAUCGACAUCACAGAGGCCAUCCUCCUCGGUCUCGACAGCGUUCUCAUCGCUGGUACCGGCUCAGGCAAGACAAUGCCAUUCAUGUUGGCCCUCAAGUACGAUACCAACGCGACAGUGCUCGUGAUAUCCCCCUUGAAGAUCCUGCAGGAUGACCAGGCAAGUCGCUUCCGCGACGCUGGGAUCGCGGCUGCCGCGGUGAACGGGGACACGUACAGCAAGGUCAAGCAGAAUCUCGAAGCGCUCAAAUAUCGUGCCCUCCUCACAUCACCGGAGAUGUGCCUCGAGAACGACGCGUUUCGCAAGUUCCUCACGUCCUCCGACUUCCAAAGGUCCAUCCGCGCGGUCAUCAUCGACGAGGCGCAUUGUAUCGGCCAGUGGGGCGGCGAUUUCAGGAAGCAUUACGGGAGCCUCAACAAAUUACGCGCUCUCUUCCCUGCCACCGUCCCCUUCCUUGCCGCAACGGCCACCCUACCCCCGAAGGCGCUGAACGAAGUCUGCGACAAGCUACACAUCGAUCUUGAUGAGUCGUACUUUAUCAACCUCGGUAACGACCGUCCCAACAUCACGCAGCAUGUGCGCUUCAUCGACAGCGCGCACGAUUACAGUGCUCUCAAAGAGUUGCUCUCGGUCAACGCGAAGAAGCCGGAUGACAUCGUCAAGACCAUCGUGUUCGUAAACUCGCGCAACGGCACUCAAGAGGUAUGCCGCGAGGUCCGCAAGCUCCUCCCGCGGCACCUUCGCAAGCACGUCGACUUCCUCCACGCAGUGCGCAAGGACAGGACGAAGCGCAGGAUCAUGCGGCGUUUCCGGAACGGUCGUAUCCGUAUCCUCAUAGCCACGGAGGCUGCAGGCAUGGGUGCUGAUAUCCCCGACAUCAUUCAAGUCAUACAACUCGGUGCCCCACGCUCGCUGUCCAUCUACCUGCAGCGUGCGGGUCGCGCUGUGCGGAAUGCUGUCCUGCAAGGCCGCGCGUAUCUCCUGAUGGAGAAGUCUGCGUUCAGGCUACAGAAGAAGAAGAAGCCCAAGAAAAAGGCUGCCGACGACUGGUCCGACGACGACGCUGACGAUGUACUCGCUAACGACGAUCUCAAUGCCGACUGCGACGUGCAACUGGAAGAUGGCGAUGCGGAGGCUUUACCCGCCGUUGACCAGUCCGACGACUCGGGGAGGGGUGAUGGCGUGGGGGAGGAGGGCAAUGCUGCUAGUGGGGAUGUAGUGGUGCCCUGCGAUGAUGCCAGUCGUGCAGCGGAGGUCACAGCGGGCACGAACGGCGGGAAGGAUGGCACGUCCACAGGCGUCAAGAAGCCGAGCCGUACCCCCGACAGUCAAAUGACGUGGGGUAAGGUUAUUGACCUCUCGCUACGCAAGUACGUGACGGAGUCGACGUGUAGACGUGUCACGUCAGACACGUACUUUGACAACCCUCCCGGACGACGUGCACCGACCGGAAGCUGCUGCGACGUCUGCGAGGGCACGGCUCCGCCCAUCCCGGGCUCUGAAUCAGCUACCGUGCCAACACCAAUCACUCCCGAGACGGCGCUGACAUCAGCUCAUCCCACGGAAACGUCGCUAUCGUCCACCCCUACGACCGAGAUGCUCGACCGGCCGUCAACUCCUGUUCAAUCCCGACAAACGACACCUGCCUCGACACCUCAGAAAGAUGGCAAGCGACCACUCGUCAGGCGUAAAUAUGGCCCCGCUCGCAAGGGCGACCUUUUGAAGCGCGUUCGAGCAGCUCUAGAGCGCUGGCGUGGGGUCACGCGUGCACGAGACUUCCCCUACAGCACGCUGCCAGCCAAAGCGUUGCUGUCGGACCAGUCGCUGACGAAGCUCGCCUCGAACAACAAGAUUGUCGAGCCCGCUGAUCUCGCCACCCUCGAGCCCCCUUGGGUGUAUCACAACAAGUACGGAGUUGAAGUCCUGGCGCUAAUCCAGAAGGUCGUGUUCGAGUUCGAGUCGGAAAGGAACUCAAACAAGAAACCUCGUCGUACAGGCAGACCGAAGAAAACGGCGGCUCAGCAACUUGCCGCUUGCUCACCCGAGGCCAUGGUCGCUGCCGAAGCUAAGCAGGUUCGAGCAGCAGAGCGCGACCACGCGCGUCUCGCAAAGGCCGAACGGGAGGAGACCAAGAGGCUUGCGAAGGAGGCCAGGGAGCGCGCGAUGGCCGAGAAGGACGCUCGGAAAGCCCUCUACGCAGCCAACUACGCCAAGCGCCAUGCUGUGCCUGCACCGCCUUCUCGACCAACCCCUCCCAUCCCGACGGCGAGCGCUGCAUGGUCACCAUCGUUCCGAACUUUCUAUCCCUCUUCUCCAACCACGCGAUACCCACUUACACCUGCUGGGGCCUUACAUCCAGCGCUGGCUGCAGGUCACAUAUCCUCGCAAGGCUCGUCAUUGUUAUCUUCUUUUCCACCACGUCUUUCGAACUCGGCACCAACUGCGGAGGCUUCCGCUUCUCCUGCGGUACGCGAGACUCAUUACUCAAUGUCUCCUUAUUCUUUCAUCCCUAACACGAUACACAAUGCUCCUUCUAAUACCCAACUGCAUCUCUCGACUGCACGUAGCUCGAGACCUAGAGAUUAUGAUAAGACUGAUGAUCCUUUUGUACGGUAGAGCUUGUUUAUAUAUUUCUGAGAUAAUUACACAUCCUCAGUGGCCUCCUCAUCGGAACUCCCUUCG